AAAUUUUUCUACAAAAACUAAAUGCCCUCUUGCAUAUAAAAAGAAACACUUAUCAAUGUUAAAAAUCAAUUAUUAUGAUAGUAAGUGCUCGUUGAAAAUCUCAAAAAUACAUUCGUUUAAAAAGUUUUAAGAAAUUUUAUUAUGGCUUAUAAAAGAGAUGGAUAAGGUUUCAAGCCUGUUAAUAGUUUAAGAAACAACAAAAUAGCAUCGAGGCAUUCCUAAGAAGUAGCCAAGGUGAACGACAAUGGUGGCUUCAUCUGGCAAAAAACAGAGCUCGGAUAAUUUAAAUAAGUUCAAGCCGAUCAUUUUUUUUAUCCUGCAUUUAAAUAGUAGUAUUCAGCAGAUAAGCGCAUCAUCGUUUUUAAUAAUCAAUGACUUGGCCAACUUGGAUCGACCUUACUUUGACGAUAUAAGCCCCAGAAAUAUCUCAGCUGUUGUUGAUGAAACAGCAAUUUUAAGAUGCCGAGUUAAAAAUAAAGGAAAUCGAACUGUUUCGUGGAUGCGCAAGCGAGAUCUUCAUAUCCUGACCACAAACAUCUAUACAUACACCGGAGAUCAAAGGUUCUCCGUUUUACAUCCGCCAAAUAGCGACGACUGGGACUUAAAGAUUGAUUACGCACAAACCCGAGACAGUGGCAUUUAUGAGUGUCAAGUAAAUACAGAGCCGAAAAUCAACUUGGCAAUUACUUUAGAGAUCACAGCUGAAAAUGAUAUGAGAGAUAUAAAUUCAGAGAAACUAUACUAUAAUUCAAAAGCGGCACGGGCAAAAAUUUUGGGAUCGACGGAAAUACACGUAAAGCGAGAUAGUACAAUUGCUUUGGCCUGCUCCGUAAAUAUACACGCAUCGUCUGUAUUAUGGUACCACGGCUCAGCGAUAGUCGACUUUGAUUCACUUCGAGGCGGCAUUAGUUUGGAAACCGAAAAAACCGAUGCUGGCACCACAAGUCGUUUAAUGCUGACACGUGCUUCUUUGCGGGACUCCGGCAAUUACACAUGUGUACCCAACGCAGCUGUGCCGGCUUCUGUUCGUGUUCACGUCCUGACGGGCGAGCAACCGGCGGCAAUGCAAACAAGCGUCGCGAGCGUUAUUAAUGCUUCUACAGCAAUCAUAAUUACGUAUUUGAUCAUAUCAGAAGAUUUGUUGUUUAAAAUUUCAGACCUAGCCCAAUACAUACUGCUACAUCGAAGUUCAAGAUGACUAACUUAAACAAUUUAGCCAUACCCCAAAAUGUUCUUUAAAGAUUCAAGCAUAUUCUAAGGGAACGGUUGUAAACGAACAAGUUUACGAAAAAGAAAAACAGAAAACGAAAAAAACCAAAUUUAAAAUAUAUACAGACACUACAUUAAGCAUAAUUCCUAUAGUCUUAUGUAAUACCACUAACAAUAAUAAAU